AGAUGAAGAGGAAGCGGAAGCGGAAGGAAAUACGUCUCUGUCAACUGUUCAAAAGUCACAGCAGGACUGUUAUGUUCGUGUAGUCAUCAGCUGGAUGAUGUCGGGGAUUAAAACUUAAUUUAUGGCCGCCUUCUCAGUUCGGUGUCUGUGUGCUGUGGUACUUCUGCGUGUUGAAGCCCUCGUGUCCUCGAACGACAGCGCUACAUGGGGUUCUUUAAACGAUGACGUCCUGCUGCCGUACAGCCCUGGGGAGAGACACGGCCCUUCCCACUCCCAUCGCCACGUGAGGGACUGUCAGCCUGUCGCCCAUGGCAACCUCACUUAUGAGACGUGGCGCAGCAACACGAGCACUAGCACGCCAAUGGCUGAGUCUAGACAGUUUGUUUCCGCCAUUCUUGCUGACGGCGGGGGCAGCAGGUGGGUGUACGGCCACUUCACCUUCGUUCGGGACCCGCUGCGGACCCUCUCGGUCCUGGAGCCCGGUGGGCCCGGGGGCUGUAGAGAGGCCCGCGUGGAGACGGUGGCACGGACUGCGAGGCUCAGGAAGUGCCUGUACGCUCAGAACGGCGGCUUCUUCAACAUGGACACGGGAUAUUGCCUUGGCAAUGUGGUGAGCGAUGGGAAGCUGGUCCAGAGCAGUAGAGGGAUCCAGAAUGCUCAGUUUGGCAUCAGAAAGGAUGGAUCUUUAGUUUUUGGCUACCUGUCAGAGGAUGAUGUCCUAGACGAGGUGAACCCUUUUGUCCAGCUGGUCAGCGGGGUGGUGUGGCUCUUGAGAAAUGGCAAGGUGUAUGUCAAGGAGAGCAUGGAGGCGGAGUGCAAUGAGACACAGAAAACUGGGACCUUCGGCAAGUUUGUGAAUGUGGUGUCCGCCAGGACGGCGGUGGGACACGACCGAGAGGGACGGCUCGUUCUGUUCCACACCGACGGGCAGACGGAGAGGCGAGGGAUGAACCUGUGGCAGCUGGCGGACUUCCUGAAGGAGCAGGGUCUCGUCAACGCCAUCAACCUCGACGGCGGAGGCUCCUCCACGUUUGUGGCCAACGGCUCGCUCGCCAGUUACCCCUCUGACCACUGCAAACAAGUCAUGUGGAGGUGUCCCCGGCGCGUGUCCACUGUACUUUGUGUCCACGAGCCCCUGUGCCACCCGGAGAACUGCAGCGGGCAGGGAACUUGUGUGCGCGGGCACUGUGUGUGCCAGGACGGCUGGACCGGGCCAGCCUGCGACACCCCCGUCUGCCCACCCCCCGCGUGCAGCAGUCACGGUCUCUGCACUCAGCGUGGGUGUGUGUGUGACGCUGGGUGGACCGGGGAGAACUGCAGCCAAGCGUGUCCUCUUGGUUUCUAUGGCGACGGCUGCAAGGUGACAUGCACCUGUGCCAACGGCGCCACCUGUGACCCGGUCCGUGGACGAUGCUUCUGUCCACCCGGUUUCCGGGGCGACUCCUGUGAACAAGAGUGCCCCCUGGGGUUCCACGGGCUGAACUGCGAGCGGGAGUGUCACUGUCCCAACUUGUGUCCGUGUGACCCAGUGACUGGGAGCUGCAACAUCACCCUUCAGGGAGAGAGAAACAGCACGCUGCACAGAGCAGGACACUGCCUGGCUGCUUGGCUCUUUGAAUUGUGGCAGGACAAGAGGCAGGAGGCCCCCCCUUACUUCUCAGAGAGGACCUGGAUAAUUAUCAGUGCUGUGCUGAGCGUGCUGCUUCUGACCAGUGCUGCGGCAAAUGUGAUCCAGGCUUCGAGAAAACCCAGAUCGGCUCGUCUCCGUCAGGACUACCUGUAUGUGCCGCUGGCCGAGAUGAGCAUGAGGCUGGGCAGAGGGGGGGCGGCAAAGGACGGAGGGGGGAUGUUAGAGCUGGAUGAUUCGGAUCAGUCCGACUCCACCUAGCCGGCUGCAUCCCCACCUCUUCUGGCGCGAGGGAAGGAGUCGACUGCUGGCCACGUCUUCCUCAGACCCUGUGGCCAAGGCUUCUUCGAAAGCCCUGUGAUUGAGCACAACCAGAGGCCUCUGUUCCAGACCUGGACUCGUUCCUGUCUCUCACACCAACCCCAUGAGUUCCAGUUUGUUGGGGGUCGAGGGAAGCGUACCCGAAAUCCACCGUGUUGUGGGACCAUUUCCUCACAGAGGGCCUCACACUGUCCCUCUCCUGUUGCUGGGAGUCAUUCUGUCCUCUUUUCUUUGCCCAUGGUAAUAGUGCGAUGCUCUCUGGACUGAAGCCAGCAUCAGGAGCCCUGUUGUGGUUUGGGCCACGUUGAGCCAGCCAAGGCCAUCCUGGUGCCAUGUGCCAUAUGAACUAAUGCUUCCCAGAUCCCUUGAGGACCAGUGGAAUCAGACCUCUCUGUUUACUGGUGACUUCUCCUAGUUUGCACUCUGCGGGGACAGUUUUACCAGCUUUCAACUUGAAGGUUUUACAUUUUAAAUGUAAGGUUUUUCAUUUCCGCCCCCCCAAUGACCUGAGCGGUGUCAUCAGUCUACCCCAUCCUUCUUGCACCAUCCCUUGUGGUCUUGGUACUUAAAUCAGCAGUAAGACUAGUAUAAGCCAAAUAUAACCCCCCCCUUUACUCUUGGACCUUACUGGAACAGUUUAGCACAACAUUUACGAAAAGAUAUAGAGAUAUAUUUGAAUGAGGCAGUUGAAUGCAAAAAGAGUGUUUUAAUGCCUUUUUUGUUUUUUA